AUGUCAAUGUACAGUAUUCAUUGCAAGAAUUUUAUUAGAAUUAAAAGACAAAUUCAUAAAAGCAAUCGAACAAGAGAACAGGGUUCAGCACUUCUUAAGAAAUAUCCUGAUCGUAUAACAUCUGAUAUUUAUACCCUCUUAGCACAAGAGCCAUCUAUUGACAAGGAAGCACCAACUGAGAUAAAGAGAGAUCAAGUUCCACAUUUAUUGUUUUAUGGACCUCCCGGUACAGGAAAAACUACAGCAAUAUUUAGCUUUUGCGAGAAAUCAAACGCGUCAGAUGAUCGAGGUAUCAAUGGUGAUGAAUACAUGCAAGCACAAAACGCAUUAAGACGAAUUGUUGAAAAAUCUACCAGGAAUGUUCGAUUUUUUACAGCUGCAUAUAAUUAUAUUGAUGAAACAGUGGUAUAUAGAUAUACUCGAAAUCCGGAACUUGAAGAUAUUAAAUAUAUCGUUAAUACGAUGCUUAAUGAUGAAUUUACCACAAAAUAUUCUAACGUUCAAAAGUUAAAGCGAGAAAAUAGUUUUGCACUACAAGAUAUUAACAGAG